UUUGUCACCCCAAAAAAAAAAAAAAAAAAAAAAAGAAAAACCAUCCAAACACUAUAAACCCACAUCCAAACACACCCCAAAGAGUGAAUCCAAACACUACUUGGAACAAAAAGGAAACAAACAAAGAAUAAAGAAAAAAAAAACUAACAACACUUUCUCUCUCUCUCUCUUGCUCAGUAGUUUGUGUGUGUGCUUUGGGGACUGUAAGUGCAAGCUUGCUCUCGCAACUAUCAAAGCUAUAAAGGAAAAAAGAAAAGAAAAGAAAAGAAAAACUAUUGCUGUAUUCUGCUUAGUACCCACUACCCCAGAAACCCAAAACCACAUGCUUCCCUAUUCUCCUUGCCCUUUUCAUCAUCACUUCCACCACCACACCAUAACUCUCCAUAUUCUCCUUCUUCAACCUUCAACUCAGUCUAAAUAGUUCAACAACUCGACUCUGUUUUCCUUUCUCUGAUCUGGGUUUGUCUUAGAAUCGAGUAAUACUUCUCAAAAAGAAGGAAGUAAAAUGAUUACAUUAUUGGACUUCUACCAUGUCAUGACCGCCGUGGUCCCUCUGUACGUGGCAAUGAUUUUAGCUUACGGUUCGGUGAAAUGGUGGAAGAUUUUCACACCCGACCAGUGCUCCGGCAUAAACCGUUUCGUGGCUCUGUUCGCCGUGCCUUUACUUUCAUUCCAUUUCAUCUCGACCAACGAUCCUUACCACAUGAACUUGCGGUUCAUCGCCGCUGAUACCCUCCAAAAACUCAUCGUCUUGGCUGUACUUGCCGUCUGGUCUAAGGUCAGCAAAAGGGGUUGUUUGGAAUGGACCAUAACUCUGUUCUCCUUAUCCACACUCCCAAACACUCUCGUCAUGGGCAUCCCACUCUUAAAGGGUAUGUACGGAGAUUUCUCAGGGAGUUUAAUGGUUCAGAUUGUGGUUCUUCAGUGCAUCAUCUGGUACACUCUGAUGCUCUUCAUGUUCGAGUACAGAGGAGCCAAGCUGUUGAUAUCUGAACAAUUCCCAGACACGGCUGGUUCGAUCGUGUCCAUACACGUGGACUCUGAUAUCAUGUCCUUGGAUGGUCGGCAGCCAUUGGAGACCGAAGCAGAGAUCAAGGAAGACGGCAAGCUUCACGUCACAGUCCGAAAGUCAAACGCGUCAAGGUCCGAUAUCUUUUCAAGAAGGUCACAAGGCUUGUCGUCAACAACUCCAAGACCUUCGAAUCUCACCAAUGCCGAGAUUUACUCUCUCCAAUCCUCCCGGAACCCAACUCCAAGAGGCUCCAGCUUCAACCACACCGAUUUCUACUCCAUGAUGGCCGGUGGCAGGAACUCCAAUUUCGGCGCCAACGAUGUCUACGGUCUCUCGGCUUCGAGGGGCCCCACGCCGAGGCCUUCGAAUUACGACGAGGAUGGCGGUGGUGCAGUCGGCGGUAACAAGCCUAGCAGGUACUAUAGCCACGCACAGCCAGCCACGGCUGCCACGCAUUACCCCGCGCCCAACCCCGGUAUGUUCUCGCCGACUGGGUCCAAAAACACGACCGCUAAUGCAGCCAAUGCCAAUGCCACUAAGAAGCCUAACGGUACUACCGUCACUACUACCACCACAGCUAAUAGCAACACUCAAGGUCAAGCUCAAAAGGGUGGCGAAGAUGGUGGAAAAGACCUUCACAUGUUUGUAUGGAGCUCGAGUGCUUCUCCGGUGUCUGAUGUUUUCGGAAGCCAUGAAUACGGUCCUCACGAUCAACAGAAAGAGAUGAGACUAGCAGUGUCUCCUGGCAAAGUCGAAGGUCGUAGAGAGAAUCCAGAGGAGUAUAUGGAGAGAGAUGAUUUCAGCUUUGGAAAUCGAGGAGUGGAUAGAGAGAUGAAUAGCCAUGAAAAUGACAAAGCCGGUAAUACUGGUACUGAUGGAAAACCAAAAGUGAUGCCUCCAACAAGUGUAAUGACCAGGCUUAUUCUCAUCAUGGUUUGGAGAAAACUCAUCAGAAACCCAAAUACUUACUCAAGCUUAAUCGGCCUUAUUUGGUCUCUAGUUUCAUUCAGGUGGAAUGUAAAAAUGCCAGCCAUAGUAGCACAGUCCAUUUCCAUACUGUCAGAUGCAGGUCUUGGCAUGGCCAUGUUCAGUCUCGGUCUUUUUAUGGCUUUGCAACCCCGGAUCAUAGCAUGUGGAAAUUCCAUAGCAGCUUUUGCCAUGGCCGUGAGAUUCCUUACAGGUCCAGCUGUUAUGGCAGCUGCUUCCAUUGCUGUUGGCCUUAGAGGUGUUCUCUUACAUGUUGCCAUUGUUCAGGCAGCUCUACCUCAAGGAAUUGUCCCCUUUGUCUUUGCUAAGGAAUACAACGUACACCCUGAAAUUCUUAGCACAGGUGUUAUAUUUGGAAUGUUAAUUGCUUUGCCCAUAACACUAGUGUACUACAUUUUUUUGGGGAUAUGAAGCUGUGGAAAAGCACAACACCAUGGCUGGUUGGCCUUAUAAUUUCAAUGGAAAAAGCUCAAAAGCUCAUUUCAUUUGAGCUUUUUUAACUUGCCAGCAAGCAUGAGUGAGAAAGAGAAAGAAAGAAAAAGAAAGAAAUGAAAAAAAAAAAAAAAAAGAAAGAUAUAUAUUCCAAGUUGAAAUUCACAAAAGGAAAAAAAUGAGAUGGAAAAAUAGGACUGUACUGGUGGAAGAAUGAAUCUUUCUUAUCAUGAGUUUUUUUUUUUUUUUUAAUAUUUUGCUAGCAAAAAUUUGUAAAAUGAUCAUGUUUGUAGUGAAUUAAUUUAUAAAAGGAGAAGAGAAUGUUUCCCUA